AUGAGUAAAAAAGAGGGAGAUUGUAUUGAUGCUUUGUGUUUUCCUAAUGCAGAAGAUUAUCAAAAUGAUUUUGAUACAGCUAAUUAAGUACUUUUGGGAUCAGGAUCUUAUGGAUAAGUUUAUAAAAUGAUAUUUAAAUCGAACCCUUCUUAAAGUUGUGCAGUAAAAAUAGUUCAGUGCAUUAAGUAAUAUCUUUUAUAUUCUAGUAAAAAAUCAUAUGAUUCAGCUUUAAAAGAGGUUUAAUUGAACAGGUAAAUUAAUAUUCAUCCUAAUAUUAUAUACUUUGACAAAAUUUAUGCAUGGUCUGAAACUAUUCCAGUUUAGAAAUAUAUUUUAGUAUUUCAAAUGAAAUUGGCUAUGGGUAGUUUAAAAGAUCUAAAAGAUAAUGAAAUUAAAGCAAACAGAAAAACAUUUAAUGGUAUAUUUACAUUCAAAAAUUUGUAGAAAUAAGUUUCUUAAAUAUUAUAAAUCAAUUAUUAUAAGCAUUUCAAUUUUUAUAAUAGAAAGAACUUUAUCAUAGAGAUAUUAAGCCAGAAAAUAUCUUAUAUGAUAAAGAAAACGAUAAAAUUAUAGUAAGAAUUGCUGAUUUUGGUGUUAGUAAAGCAUUGGAACAUUUUAAAAAUAAUUUUAAAAAUACUCUUGUUGGUACACCACUUUAUUUAUCACCAAAAUUAUGGGAAGCUUAUAUUAAUGGUUAAUAUAAUGAUGUUAAGUAAUAUUAUAUAAUAUUUCUCUAGACAUAAUUUAGAAAAAUCUGAUGUAUUUUCUUUAGGAGUUACUCUCAUUUAAACUUAUUUAUUGUUAUAAGAUCAUGAUAUUGCUGGAUUAAAUGAUUAAAAAUAAAACAAAAUCCCUAAUAUUUUAUAAAAGAUUUAUCAUGAUAAAAUCAAAGAAUUAUUGACAGGAAUGUUAAAUUAUGAUGAAAAAUCUAGAUUUACUUGGUAAUAGUCAAUAAAUUGUCUUAAUGGAAUAGAUAAGAUUAAUGGAAGCAUAGAGUAAAAUUAAGGAGGAAGUCUUUAAAAUAGAGAAAAACAUUAUGCUUUACAUAUUCCUUAUGAAAAGACUAUUACAAAUAAAUCAUAAUCUAUUAAAUUGAGAAAAAUAAAUUAGAUUUAUUGUUAAGAAUUGAAUGAAAUUACAAAAGGAUAAAUUGCUGAUGAUUAAAGUAUCAUAGUUUUUAGUGAUAAUUACUUUAUUGAAAUUAAUUUUGAAGGAUAAGUUAUUCUAAAAAAACAAAUUUAAAGUAUCUAUAAUAUAUAUAUAUAUAUUUAUUUUAGAUCUAAAAUGUGUAUGUUUGAUUGAAUAACCAAGGAAAAUUAUAGGAUUAUUUGAAAAUAAUACAAUCUAAAUUUUGGAUGAUGAUUUGUCUCAACCAUUUAGUUUAACUUCAUCAACAUAAUAAAUUAAUGUUAUAAGUUAAAUGACAGAAGCUAACGUUCUUUUUGGGUUUGGAAAUGGAGAGGUACAAGUAUUAUAACAUUUUGACAAAACUUUUAAAGUAUUAAAUACAUUGAAAGAUCAUACAGCUUAGGUUAAUUUAAUCUAUUUUGAUAAACUCAAUCAGAUGUUGAUUACUUCUGAUAGUUCUCGAAUAUUAAGUGUUAGAUUUUUAUUUAACAAUAAAUUGUAGAUAUUUCUUAUUACUAAUUAGUUCUUAUCUAAAAUUAGAUUAUAUAGCAUAACAUGUGGAAUUAUUGAAUGAUACAUAAAUUGUAGUAAAUGGAUAAAAAUUGAAUGAAAUUUUAAUUUUGCAUAUCUCUCAUUUAUAAAAAGAACCUGGAAUUAAAUUAGAAAUUAAAUAAACUUUAUCUCUACAAACUGGAUGUGUAUUAUCCUUAAUUAAUUUAAGUGAAAAAUGCUUAUUUGUAUCAACUGAAAAAGAAAUAAUUAUUUAUGAAUUAUAAUCAAUUCAAUAAGACUCAGGGCAUCUUUUCAAUAAUGAUAUGUAAUAAACAUUUUAUUAUUGUAAUUGGAUAAGAGAUCGUGGAUAUUUGAUUACUAAUGAUGGAUAAAGAAUUAUGAAAUGGGAAAUUGAUUAUGAAAAAAAUUAAUUAUUUGGGACAAAUCGUAUUGUUAAACCUUAAAAAAAGAAGUGUUGUUGUUGUGAAAGUUGUUCUAUAAUGUGA